GAAGAGGAGGGAAAAAUCGUGUAGCACGUCUGAAAGUCCACAGCCAGACUGCAGGUGCUGCUCGCCUAACCUGUGUUCAGAGAAGAAUCUUAAUAGUGAAAAGGUCUUGUUGAAUUGAAGAAGAAUUCAUGUUCAAGAACUGCCCUGGCUUCUCUGGACUCUAUACUUCUCCAAUUGAGGAAGCCCAAGGAGAACUGACAAGUUCAUACAGUUCUAAAACCAUGGCCCAGGUGUACUUGGCUUUCAGGGAUGUGGCCAUAGACCUUUCCCAAGAGGAGUGGGAGUGCCUGGACCCUGUGCAGAGGGACUUGUAUAAGGAUGUGAUGUUGGAGAACUACAGCAACCUGGUGUCACUGGGAUGUGCCAUUCCUAAGCCAGAUGUGAUUACUUUAUUGGAGCAAGAGAAAGAGCCCUGGGUGGUAAUCAGGGAAGGGACAAGGAAUUGGUACCCAGAUUUGGAGGGCAAGUAUGUCACCAAGAAUUUAUUUCCAGAAAAGGAUGUAUAUGAAAUAUAUUUAUCUCAAUUGCAGACAGUGGAAAAAAGUAAAGCUUACAUCCAUGAAGACACCAUUUUCAGAAAUGAUUUGCAGGACAAACAUGAAUUUGAGAGACAAGAGGGACAUCAGAUGGGAUGCGUUAGUGAAAUGAUAAUCCAAAAACCAAUAUCUCUUCCUCUACAUCAGAAAAUUCAUACUAGAGAGAAAUCAUAUGAUUGUAAGGAAUGUAAGAAGGCCUUCAGACAAAAGUCAUACCUUACUCAACAUCUGAGAAUUCACACUGGUGAGAGACCCUAUAAAUGUGUGGAAUGUGGAAAGGCCUUUUGUCGAAUGGGAGAUCUGAGAGUACAUCAGACAAUCCAUGCUGGGGAGAGACCCUAUGAAUGUAAAGAAUGUGGGAAGGCCUUCAGGCUUCAUUAUCACCUUACUGAACAUCAAAGAAUACAUUCUGGUGUAAAACCCUAUGAGUGUAAGGAAUGUGGGAAAGCCUUUAGUCGAGUUAGAGACCUUAGAGUACAUCAGACAAUUCAUGCUGGGGAGAGACCUUAUGAAUGUAAAGAAUGUGGGAAGGCCUUUAGACUUCAUUAUCAGCUUACUGAACAUCGAAGAAUUCAUACUGGUGAGAGGCCUUAUGAAUGCAAGAUUUGUGGAAAAACCUUUAGGGUACAGCGACAUGUUAGUCAACAUCAGAAAGUUCAUACUGGUGUAAAACCCUAUAAAUGUAAUGAAUGUGGAAAGGCCUUUAGUCAUGGCUCGUACCUUGUUCAACAUCAGAAAAUCCAUACCGGUGAGAAACCCUAUGAAUGUAAAGAAUGUGGUAAGUCCUUUACUUUUCAUGCAGAACUUACUCGACAUCAUAGAAUUCAUACUGGUGAGAAGCCCUAUGAAUGUAAAGAAUGUGGAAAAACCUUUUGUCUUCAAACAGAACUUACUCGGCAUCAUAGAACUCAUACUGGUGAGAAACCCUAUGAAUGUAAGGAAUGUGGGAAGGCCUUUAUUUGCGGCUAUCACCUUACUUUACAUCUGAGAACUCAUACCAGUGAGAUUCCCUAUGAAUGUAAGGAAUGUGGGAAAACCUUCAGUAGUCACUAUCAUCUUACUCAACACUACAGAAUUCAUACUGGUGAGAAACCCUACGUAUGUCACGACUGUGGGAAAGCCUUUCGUCUUCAAGCAGAACUUACCCGACAUCACAGAAUUCAUACUUGUGAGAAACCCUAUGAAUGUAAGGAAUGUGGUAAGUCCUUUACUUUUCAUGCAGAACUUACUCGACAUCACAGAAUUCAUACUUGUGAGAAACCCUAUGAAUGUAAGGAAUGUGGGAAGAAACCCUAUAAAUGUAAGGAAUGUGGGAAAGCCUUUAUUCGUAGCAGUCAUCUUACUCAACAUCACAGAAUUCAUACUGGUGAGAAACCCUAUGAAUGUAAGGAAUGUGGGAAGACCUUUAGCCGUCACUAUCAUCUUACUCAACAUCACAGAAUCCAUACUGGUGAGAAACCCUACAUAUGUAACGAAUGUGGGAAUGCUUUUAUUUGUAGUUAUCAAUUGACCUUACAUCAAAGAAUUCACACUGGUGAGAUUCCAUAUGAAUGUAAGGAAUGUGGGAAGACCUUUAGUCGUCGGUAUCAUCUUACUCAACAUUUUAGACUUCAUACUGGCGAGAAACCUUAUGGGUGUAAAGAAUGUGGGAAUGCCUUUCGCCUUCAAGCAGAACUUACUCGACAUCACACAAUUCAUACUGGUGAGAAACCCUAUAAAUGUAAAGAAUGUGGGAAGGCCUUUAGUGUUAAUUCAGAACUUACUCGACAUCACAGAAUUCAUACUGGUGAGAAACCCUAUAAGUGUAAAGAAUGUGGGAAAGCCUUUAUUCGUAGUGAUCAACUCACUUUACAUCAGAGAAAUCAUAUUCACGAGGAAACCCUAUGCGUAAUGUAA